AUGUCAUCGGUGGUUUAUUACAAGUUUUUGCACCAGAAGAACAAGAAUGUAAUACAUUUUGAUGGGACGGGGAUAAGUGUUUUUGAUUUAAAAAGAGAGAUUAUCCAACAGAACCAUUUGGGGGCAGGAACAGAUUUUAAUAUCAAGUUAUAUCAUUCUGAACAACCUGAGAUAGAGUAUGAAUUAGAUAACGAUGUGAUCUCGAGGUCUAGUUAUGUUUUGGCCAAGAGAUCUCCAGCUUCUGCUCGUAUGGGCAAGUUUAACAAUGCUUCGCGGUAUAUAACGGGGAAGCCCAGAUUGAAUAGGAAAAUGAUCAAUAGCACUAAUAAUGCUAAUGUAACCGCAAUGAGUAUGGCGGCGGCUACGGGGACAGGUUCUGUUGUUUCAGUAGGUGGAGCUGAAGCUGGUAUUACAGAGGAAGAAAAAAUCAAGUUGAUGUUUGAGAACCAGUCAAGUGCAUGGGCGCAUACCCAAGAUGAGUUAGCCCAGCACAAGAUGGUGUAUUACAAGCCAACAACAACAACAGCGACGACAGCAGGUAAUGAAGAUAAGCCACCUCCUGGUUAUAUAUGUUAUAGAUGUGGUAAAAAGGAUCAUUGGAUCAAGAAUUGCCCUACAAACAACGACCCUAAUUUCGAGGGUAAAAAAAUCAUGAGAACGACGGGUAUACCGAAAUCAUAUUUAAAGACUUUAACCAAAGAAGAAGUGGAGAAGAACUUUGGCCUGAUUACUAAUAGCUCCGGGAGCGGAGACGGUAUGGAAAAGGAAGGGAAUGCAGUGUUGAUCACGGACGAAGGUGAGUAUGCCAUUGCAUUGGCCGAUUCAAAGACUUGGAUGAGUUAUCAAGAAAAACUACAAAAUGCGGCAAUGAAGUCGAAACAAGAAUAUGACUCAAGAUUAGUUGGUUUAGCUCAACAGGAGAACAAGUGGGAAUUUAUAGACCCUCUAUCUCAAACAAAGAGGGUUCUUCAACCACCAAUUUAUAUGACACCAUGUUGCACAGAUGCAAGCAAAUUGAAAGCAAUGAAAAAUUUCAACUAUAACCAAGAGGGUUUGGAAACAUUAUUGAUCGAAAACGAUUUCCAUUGUCCCAAUUGCAAUAAAGAGGAUAUAUAUAUAGACUCAUUAGUGCGGAAUGAGGAGUUGGAGAAUAAAAUCAACCAGUUUGUGGAGUCUAAGGAAAAGGAAUUGGGGCUCAAAGAUCCAAGUAAGAGGUCUUUUAAAGAUGUUCUUGGUAAUGAUCCAACAGCAGCAGAUGAUGGACCAGAUGUUAAAAAACAAAAACUAUAA